AUGGACUAUCUCGCUGAUUUUUCCGCUACUGUCUCUCUUGCAUUCCGUAUCUUCCCGCUCCUCAAAGCUGCUUUGUUAGUUCGCAGCUACGUGAAAGAGAGAGAAGGAUUCCUUGACAGGAAAAAAUGGAAGGACAGUGUCCGCCUCGGCCCCCACGGGACGAGAUUCCAUGGAGGCUGGUUCAUUGCGCUUGAGGGAGAAACCCGUUGGAAGUUCUUAUGGGGAGAUGGAAACACUCAGGAGAACGCAGGCGAGACGAUGCAUGACGACCCUUCACAGGGCGAUAACAUACGGCUGGAGCUUAUAGAAGAAGGAUCCCAUGGCUCUGAGGACAUAUUUCCUCUUGCCACCGGGUUUGCGGAGCUUUCUACGCAGUGGGAACAAGCCAACUCGGACGCAUGGCAUCAUGUUACCGUAUAUAAGACUGCGCUCCCCACUAAAGUCAGGAGGUAUAUCAAGGUAUUUGAGGAAGGCCAAGAGAGACGCGAUCAUGACCUCAAAUACCUCGAACUAGACCGGGAUAUCAACCAGACAAGGGGCGUUCAGCAACUCGCGCUCCUAGCCACAAUCUUCCUUCCCCUAUCUCUUGCCGCUGGCGUCCUCAGUAUGCAAACAAGAUUCAAAGAUCUCGGGACACUGCUGUACGACUUCUUCGGUGUGGUGGUGCUACUCGCGGCUAUUGUCCUCAUCAUCAUGAUCUUGUUGAGUCUCGCGGCUGUUGUGAAUGAGCGUCCCCUUCAUACUGAAGAUCGACCAAAAAUCCCCAUUCCGGCCGCCAAUCUCGAUGGUAUCAUCGAGAUUCUUCGCACCAGGGGGCACUUCACCCACGAGGCAUGGGGGAAAUGCCUGGCCACACUGGAGGCAGUGAAAGACGACGGUGACGCCGAACCAGGAGUUUUCCCAGUCCUCGACGCGAUGGAGGACGCAUUCCAAGAGGUCGUCACUGAUCUCAGAGAGAUAUCGAGUCUCAGUGACGAGGCCAAGAAGGAUAUCACCAUCCUGCUUCGACCUGAGUCAGAUGUGCGAGGCUAG